AUGUAUGAUUUAACAGAAUAUGAAGGCUUAACGAUGUCAGAUGUAAAGAAAGGCAAACCAAAAAAGAGACCAUAUAGAGAUGAAAGCACACUGACAAAUGACCAGAAAGCCAUUUUGGAAGCUCUUAAGCAAACAGGAAACCCAGCACUUAUAGAAAGCUUUUGGAAAGAUAAUGGUGAAAAGAAGUUUUAUAAGAAGAGAAGCGGUCAGUUAUGGAAGUAUCUUUGCACAUUACCUAUAAAUCUUGAACGCUACCAAAUCUUCAAUGAACUGAACAAAAGAACUGCAACACUUAUGACAGAGGACAAUUGUUUCGUUUAUGCUUGCAUUCAGGCUGGAGUAAAUGAAGAAACUAUUGACCACAUGAGAGAAGUCAUUCGUGUUAGAGACUUUCCUCAAAGUAAAGUACAAGAAAUUUCUGACGCAACAGGUAUAGCAUUUAAUGUUACCAUUGGUUAUUUCAAUGACUCAAGACAUAAUGAAAUAAAGAGAUAUAUACCAAAAGAAUGCGAAACUGUUAGAACUAUUGACUUACUUCUUGUUGAAGACCACUACAUGCUAAAUGAAAGACUUCCAAUGACAACAUACUUCAUUCGAAACUAUAAAGAAAUUCUCAAAGCUUGUGGUGGAAUGAACAUUGAGAAACAGAUGAAGAUUUAUACAAAGAGAGAAGAUAAAUAUGUAGUUCGUUAUGAUAGAACAACACCGUUAUGGGAUGUUAUGAAAACAUUGUGGGAGUGCAAAUAUUUCGAACCUAUUUCUUAUGGAGAACUUUUCACAUAUACUACUGACUUAUAUAAACAGAACCUUGCACCAUUUAAAGAUUUGACAUAUGCUCCAAAGUAUUGUGUACAACUGAAGAAGAAAGCAGAGUCAAAAGAAGUAAAUAAAGCUAAAUGUAAAUUCAUUCCUGAGCACGUUUUCUUUGCUGACUUUGAGUGUAGUACGGAUGGCUUUCAUAAAGCUUUUAACAUCUGUUAUGACAGUGAAGAUGGUUCAGUGAGUGAAAGCAUUUGGGGUCAAAACUGUGCAACAGAAUUUUUGGAAAGACUCCCUGACAAGAGUUUAAUAUAUUUUCACAACCUCAGUUAUGACAUAAACUUCAUCUUAAGACACAUGACAGAAGUGAAAGGAACUCCCAUCAUUAAAGGUUCACGAACAAUGCAAAUAACUGGUUUAUAUAAAGGACGGGCAAUUAUUAUAAAAGACUCUUACAGUGUUAUAAAUAAGAAGCUUAAACUAUUUCCUGCUAUGUUUAACUUACAAACAGGACCGAAAGAAGUAUUUCCAUAUAACUACUACAGCAGUGUUUUGUUAGCAAAUGACAACAGAACUGGUGUCAUUUCUGAAGCAUGUAAGUUUAUCCGGGAUGCAGAUACAUUUAUGAAAAACAUAGAUUCCAUCAAAG